AUGAAGAACCUUGCAGCCUUCGGCCUGGUUGCCGCAUGUGCCAGUGUUACGCUUGCGCACCCACUCCGCGCCCGUCAAGGAGACGCCACUUUACCAUUUGAGACUUGUCAGUUUGACAGAUUUGCUGCGUUCCAGCCUUCUGCAACUUCCAGCUCGCAAGCAUCCAAGAGACGAGCAUGCGAAGCGAAACAUCACUCGUCGCCAUCAUCGAGCCAGAUUACCAGCGCUGCCUCGACGUCUACGAAGCCCACUUCCAGUAGCACUUCGCUUGAGAGUUCCCUUUCGACAAGAGCGACUGCCACCGCCGGCCCAAGCAGCUCUGUCGUGAAAUUUGCUAGCGGAAGCGCAACUACUGCUUCCAAAACGUCCACAGCUAGUGCUGCAGCAACCAGUGCCGUGGAUUCGUGGGAUCCUCCAUCUUCGCUUGCAACAGCCCUCGAGGAGGUUUGGAAUCACGAAAUAUCAACCUAUAGCGAUCCGCUAGCCUUUAUGAAUUACGGUUACGACCACUUGAUGGACACCGAAGCCAAUAUUCAAUAUUGUGUUAGAUGGGAUAGCGCACAGUCCGUCACCGCAGAGCAGCGUGCCAGCAUCGAAACCGCUUUGCAACGCCAAUAUAACAAAUGGGUUGAGGGCGCACUUGCCAGCUUCGACGGCUUUCCAUACACCACCACCAACGUGAAAGUCACUGGCUGGGCUACCAAUAACACAGCCCUUCUGGAAGGCGACAUCGCCGACGGCGUCACCGUCCAUAGCAGCUCGGACACAGACGGAAUUCCUCAGUGCGACCCCGCUUGCGGACGAUACUUCCACUACGCAGAUGGCGACUACUCGAGUUGCAGUGGUGGCGAUGCCGCACGCUAUGAUGUCAGCCUAUGGUUGACAGAUGGCAUGGACGGCGUGGGUGCUGGUGGUGACUGGGGCCAGCGCAUCGGCACCACCUAUAUGCUUGAGAAUCUUGAGUCGGAAAACAUCCACAUUCUGCUGCACGAGAUGGGCCACACCCUGGCCCUCGACGAUUUCUACGACUGGACCCCCACUGGCGUCACUAGCUUCAUCAUGCUUGCUGGUUCAGCCACAGAAGUCACAGAAUUUGAUGCUUGGAUGGCGAGAGAUUGGUGGAGAAACCUCAAGAGCAGGUACAAUCUUUAA